AUGUGUUAUUAUAAACCCAACCAACCUCCCUGCACCUGCUCAUUCCUCCAACUCAUCCAACCUUGCUCCAAUGUUCGAAUUUACCCGGCCCCGUCCCCAACGCAAAACCCACACCCACUGAUCAGGGUAUGCACCAAUCGGUAUAUUGCAAGGGGCGUCGGGCAGCGAUUCUGCGCCCAGUGUUCUGCUGCUCCCGCUUCCACGACGAGUUGGUUCGGGGUUGCGCGAGGAAAUACGAAUAGCGCGGAAAAUGCACCUGCUGAGUUCCUCAAGACCCGUACAAGGACAGAUAUGGAUCCGAGUCUGGGUGUUGAAAUCGGCAAGGGGAAAGGGAGAAUGGCUAAUACUACUACUACUACUACUACUACUACUACCUGUAAUACUGGGUUCUCGCCGCUGCCGUCGACUCGCUAUACGAGUGGAACGCAGAUCCAGAGAAAGAUCCAGAGUAUGCUUUCCCGGCCUACUCGGAUGGCGUCGCCGUUGAGUUCGUCGGUUCUUGCGGCUGAGUCGGGGGGGGGGACUUCGCCGCAAACGCGAAUGGCGACGGAGACGGAGGGAGCACCGUGUGCUAGGAAGGGGUCAAUCGCGCAUAUGCUAUCUGGGGAGGAUGUCUCGGUUGAGCAGAAGGUGGGGGGGACUCAUACUCUAAAUGAGAGCGACAGUGGGAGUGGGGAUAUUGUGAAGGUGGACAGGGACGAAAGGAUCGAUAAUGUGGUUGGGGCUGAAGAUGGGCAAUAA